CCUUGGUUCCCUGCUCUGUGGUUAAAUAUUGAAAACUGAAGGCCGGAGGGAGGCAUUCCACACAUCCCCCCACAGUGAGGGAACCCACAGACAGACGGCAGCUUCUCUGCAGUUCGUUCCCUGGGGCUGACAAGGAAAUCUGGACAUUUUCUCUUUUCCCGAGGUGAACACCUAAGAAGGAAACACUGAGCUCCUGGUUCUUUUGGAUUGUGAAAGUCGGGUGGAAUUCACUUGCCCUCUGAGGCCACUCGUUCGAGAGGUCAGUCACCCUGGAGUGGCUGAGAAGGCUCCAACUAGGGUGGUGCUAAGGGCAGAGCUCCCAGCUCUGACGGUCCCUGCAGGCAAUGUCCCUGGGGUGACAGCUGUGCUGCCUGGGGGAGCUCAGGCCAAAGACCAUCCUGUGCUCCCAGGAAGAGAAGAAAGAGGAAGACGUGAACCAGUGCUGCUCCCAUCGCAGAUCAGGGCAGGCCGCAGGGACCCAGCAUCCGGGGGUCUACAGGACUUGUGUACUCAGGGCCAGAACCUAGGAGGCCAGGAGGCUGCAGGGGCCAAGGGGCCGAAGGACUUCCUCGCCAGAACACCAAGCAGCAGCAGGACAUGGACCAUAGCAAGGAGGCUGCUGGAGCCCCAGUGGGCACUGCGGCGCCCCAGGAGCUGCUGGAAGAAAUGGUUUGGUUUUUCCGUGUUGAAGAUGCAUCUCCCUGGAAUUACUCCAUCCUGGCCCUGGCGGCUGUCGUGUUCGUGAUAAGUGUCGUCCUCCUGGGAAGGGACAUCCAGACAAACAGAAAUCGAAAGAUGCAGGCGCCGCGGAAAGACGCCCCAGCCGCGCCGUAUCAGGAUGGAGCUGGCACCAAAGACAACAGCCUCAACCACCUGAGCGAGACUUGGCUCUCACAAACGCCAUUCUUGGCACAGGUGGAAAUGGAGUUAAAAGAGAGAGAUGACUCAUCCGUUUUCCUUUCAGACCCCCCCGAAACCGAGAACUAGUGGUUCAGGCACACCCCGUCACACGGGCCGCAUCAGCUACACUCAGCUCAGUGGCUGACACCCUUCAGAUUUUAGUCUUUCCCAAGAAGCCUGACGUUUUCAUUAGCGUCAAUUUCAUGCAUCAACUGCAAACAGAAACUUGUAUUUAAAAAAAGACAAACUUUUAUUAAAAUGCUUCCAGAA